AUGUCUUCCAGCAAUGACUCCAUUCUCCCAGUCGACAACAGUCGGAAAGGCGGCCGCGAGCGUCGACCUUUAGGAAAGACAUUUCGGUGCCAUUUUCAGAAGAAUUUUAUGAAAUACAUUGUUGGCCUCUUAAUUUUUAGUCUCGUCGGCGAAUCCGUCUACAUCUACCGCCUCGAUAUGGGAUUGACCCGCAUACCCAACGAUCCGUAUGACUUGUGGUUUGGACAAGACAUUAGCCACAAUAGCCCAGGAAUCUGGGACGCCGACCGUCAGUCCUUUCUCCGUCAUGCUCGUCCUGUGCCAAUCCACUCGCACAAUGACUACGAGCGCCGAAUUCCUCUCUUCGAAGCACUUGGCUCUGGAUGCAUUAGUGUUGAAGCCGAUGUCCAUUUACGCGGCUCUAAUCUUCUCGUCGGACAUUCAAAAUCCAGUCUCAGUGAUGAUAAGACCCUUCAGUCGCUCUACCUGGAACCCCUACAACGCAUAUUGGAAGCACAAAACGCUCAACUGACAGAUGGGGCUUGGCGCGGCGUCUUCAACCACGUCCCGGAGCAAACGUUGAUCCUCCUCAUCGACCUCAAGACUUCAGGGAAAGAGGCAUUUGCUGAGGUAGAUGCACAAUUGCAGCCAUUGAGAGAUCUCGACUACCUGACCUACUGGGAUGGUAAAGAGAGAAUCAUGAGGCCUUUGACAGUUGUGGCAAGCGGGAAUGCACCUUUUAGCUCUGUGCUUGCCAUGAAUGCAACGCACAGAGACAUCUUCUGGGACGCCAAGCUUGAGCAACUAGUAUCUAUCGAAGAUGAUUUUACGACGGAUCCCCCCAAGUACAAAUACAACGUCUCAAACUCAUAUUUGGCAUCGACCAGAUUCCAAAACGCCAUCCUGUUUAGAUACGCAAAUAAUUCCGAACUACACGGGGAGACGGCGUGGGAAAAAGACAUUACGUCAACGCAGAUUGAACAAGCAGAAUCCCGUGGUCUACUGGCCCGAUACUGGGAUACGCCUUCCAGCCCUCCAAACGUUCGAGAGAUUGCGUGGAGAGUCUUGGUUGAUAACAAGAUUGGGCUCUUGAAUAUGGACGACUUGGGCAUUGUAAGAGCAAGGGCAAAGGGUUGGGGUGAGUUGCAGAAUGACUUGCGUUGA